AUGGGUCCUAAAACCCUCAACCUAUCGCAAAAAACUGUCGACUUUGAUGAAAAUGCAAACAAAGCAGAGACGAAUGAGGAUCUUAAUCGACUGCAGCUUAUAUCCUCGUCAGAUCAUGACAACCACAUGUUGCCUAUGUCGGAGCACGAAACCACUGUGUUCUCGAGAGUGUCGCCGGUCAGAGGACAAUGUCUGAUUAUUCAGGGACUUCCCGAAUCCACAGCUAGUACCUCCAAAGAGCGGGUCUCGGCAGACCUACAACUCUUCCAAUGUCUACUCAACGAACUUCUGCGCCCCAAUGAGGAAGUUUCGGUUCUCAAGGCCUUUAGGCUUGGAAAGCGCUCAAUCGACAUAUCAGAGCACUUACGUCCCCGACCACUCAAGAUUGUGUUAGCCAACCAAGGACAAGUAGGACUUAUUCUCUCACGACGAUUCCGAAUCAAAAACACCAACCGCGGCGUUUUUUUUCAGCCGGACUACACACCGGCAGAGAGAAUAAAACGUCGACAAUUAGUUCUGGAACUGAGAACAAGGUUGCAGGAUGGCGAGACGGAUCUUGUGAUCUACAACAACCAGAUAGUGCAGCGCCCUCCCCUAAUCCGUUGGACCGAACCGAUCCGGAUGAGGGCACAGUAGCUUCCUUAAAUGGGAUCACAAGCGGCACCAUAAUCAAACGCCCCAAAACUCUGAAACUAACGUUUUUUUACACCAACGUGCAGAGUAUAUUGCCCAAGUUAGACGAACUGAAGAUCCACAUCUGUGAACUUUCCCCUGACAUUGUCUCUUUGACAGAAACCUGGAUGUCUGAAAACGUGGAUGACCGCGAAUUAGUGCUACCAGGAUUUCAGUUGUUUCGAAGAGACAGGAGAGAGCGUCAGGGAGGAGGAGUCGUCACGUACGUAAAACACGGCCUGCUUGUGUCAGAAAAAACAGAACAGUUUGCAUGCAGCGCCGAGACUAUCUGGCUCACUAUAAGGGUACCAGGAUCACAUAGCCUUGAAGUUCUGACCGUCUAUCGACCACCGAGGAGUGACCCCGAGGCUGACGCUCGUCUGUUAGAGGAGCUAGGACGAUUUUCUCUCCGGCUUGACGUCCUAAUCAUGGGCGACUUCAAUGCACCGCUCAUUGAUUGGAGUUCAUUAUACGCGCGCGGCCCAGAACUAGCUUUCGACCGACGCUUCUUGGACAUGGCACUCAGGUCAUUUCUCACACAGCACGUCCUAUUUCCCACGAGGGCCCGUGAGGGGCAGCAGUCAAACUGCUUGGACCUGGUGCUCACAAAAUCGAUGGACAGCAUAGAUGAGGUACAAUGUCUGCCUCCCUUAGGUCGAAGCGAUCACGUUGUACUUCAAUGGGACUAUUCAAUCUUUUCCGUGCCUGAACAGCCCACCAAAAUUAGAAGAAAUAUUUGGCGUGGGGACUUCGAUCAAAUGAAGACCGAAAUCAACAAUACGGACUGGGAAUCAGCGUUUUCCGGAAAUAUAGAGGAGGAUUGGAAAUGGUUCAGUGAAUUAUUGCAUGUUCUCCUGACAAACCACUGCCCGCUUUCACGGAAGGGGCUAAACAAUCGACCCCGGUGGCUGACCCAGGCGUUAAAAAAGGAAAUAAAUAAAAAACGGAGAUUGUGGCAGAAAUCUCUUACUGAUGGGACUCCUGUAUCCACAAACGCAUACAAAAGACAAAGGAACUUAGUCAAGCGACUAACCCUCAGGACAAGGCAAAAUUUUGAAAAAGACCUAUUGAAUCGUGCUAUGGAAAAUCCAAAAUUAUUCUACAGCUACAUAAGAAGCAGCACACUAAACAGAGAUCCAAUCCCCCUCCUGAAGACAAGCGGAGACGUAGAGAUUAGUGAGGAUGGAGAAAAAGCUGAGCACUUUUCAAAAUUUUUCAAAUCCAUCUUUACUAGGGAAAGUCCAUUUACUCCUCCAGACUACGACUUCGAUGAGGGUCCAAAAAUUGAGUCUGCAUCUUUUGAUGAAGCGACUGUUCGCAAAGAGCUAAUGACGCUAAAUGAGUCGAAAUCACCAGGUCCAGACGACAUACCGCCUAAGUUACUAAAGGAGCUCGCUGCCGAACUAGCCAAACCAUUGUCCAUGCUUUUCCAAGCCUCGUUCGAAGCCGGCUGCUUGCCCGCCGACUGAAAAUCUGCGCGGAUCACACCACUGCAUAAAGGAGGCAGCAAGGCCUCUGCAAACAAUUAUAGGCCAAUUAGCCUCACCUCCAUCUGCUGCAAAAUCAUGGAAAAAAUAAUUAAGCGAGAGCUAAUGCGCCUCCUAGAGCAACAUAAUCUACUAUCUGAUGCGCAGCAUGGAUUCCGUAGUGGCGGGUCUUGCGUGACUAACUUGCUCAACUGUUUGGAACGUUGGACUCUGUCAGUUGAUGAAGGCAAUGCGCUACAUGUAGUCUAUAUCGACUUUAAAAAGGCAUUUGAUAGUGUCCCACAUCAGCGAUUGCUGCGCAAACUGAGCCCAACAGGCGCUAGGGGUAACCUCUUAAAAUGGAUUCAAAGCUUCCUAUUUGACCGUUCUCAAACCAUCCAUGUCGAUGGCCAGCAGACGGAGGUUGCCGUUGAAAGCGGCGUUCCCCGAGGCUCAGUUCUUGGUCCUACUUUGUUCAUCAACGAUUGCGUUAGUGGACUGGAUUGUGGUGUCGCCAUGUUUGCGGAUGACAUUAAGCUCUAGAGCGUCAUUCGAACUGCAGAUGACGAAGAGCGUCUGCAGGCGAACCUAAACCGACUCCAACAGUGAUCAAAGGCCUGGCUUCUGCCGUUCAACGAGAAAAAGUGCAAUAUUCUACGAGUCAGCAGAGCUCGCUCUCCGAACCAUAUGGCCUACUGCCUAAACGGUAUACCACUGCAAGAAGUGGACUCGCAGAAGGACUUGGGAGUAUGGAUUACGACCUCGAUCAAACCCUCGCUGCACUGCACGAAGAUAGCCAAGUCUGCAAUGUCAGUCCUCUACCUUGUCCAGCGGGCUUUCGCUGCCUUUGAUGAAGACUGCUUCGCUAAAGUCUUUCGAACUUUUGUGCGUCCGCAACUAGAAUUUGCUAUCCAAGCUUGGAGACCCUGGACCGCGAAGGACCUCAGCAUCCUUGAAAGGGUUCAAAGGCGUGCAACGAAACUUGUGGCAGGACAGGGUUCACUACCAUAUGCAACGCGGUUAGCUAACCUUGAUCUCUUUCCCUUGAGUUACAGUCAGUUAAGGGGUGACCAGAUACAAGCCUUCCGUAUCAUACGCGGUCAGGACUGUACCCUCGUACCGGGGGACUUCUUCGAGUUAACAACCACCACAAAUCUACGAGGCCAUCCAUUCAAACUACGUGUGACAGGGGCCAGACUGGACACACGAAAGUUCUUCUUCUCCAACAGAGUGCUAGAAGCCUGGAAUGCCCUGCUUGUGGAUGUCGUUAUGCCUGCUUCCGUCGAGGUCUUUAAGAGGAAGCUGGAUUUGUGUAGCAGUGUCCACUAAAUUAUCACCCCGAUCUUUGUAACCUGGACAAAUUCCGUUAUUAUAAUACUACUUGCUAUAUUUCAGUAGCAUUUUAAAUCGAAUGUUUUAUUGUGCCAACUCAUCGCCUACGCUUACUGACAUGCACAUAUGCAAAUCUUGUCACCGGAUAUAUUAUUUAUUUUGCUGCACUCGAAACGACAGCUCUACAACUGCUCGUACCACUAAAACUCGAGACAGUUUGUUUGUCUGUACAGACCUGACGCUUUUCCGAUUAUUUGUUCCCUUAUGAUACCUUUUCGAGUUUUUGAGAUUUUGCAGUUGUUUGUAAACAAAGAGGGAGUUCAAAGGUGAAGACCUGCAUUUCCCUCAAUAAACUGAACUGAACUGAACUGAAUAAAAUUAUUCGCUAUUGAAACAGUACUUCAUUCAUUUAAGUAGCAUUGUCUCAGAGAAAAUAUUCGGGGGGUCGUGGGUAUUAGUUCCGAUUCAGACUGUCGAGGGAAAACAGGGGACACAAAUAUUUAUCCCACAGUUUCUUGAAGAGUUGCAGAGACAUAGCCUCCACGACUGACUGACGGAGAUCGUUCCAUUUCUGCACUACCCUCUGCGUGGAAAAUUCAAAACGAAGAUUCAGCCUGGACAUUGUUGCUCGUAACUUCAUCCAGUGACCACGAAGAUUGGACGAAAGGUGCCACUGAAACAUGCCCUCAAAGUUAAGUCCAUGCUCAAGACUAUGUAUUGUCUUGUAGACGAGGGUAAGAUCACCUCUUUGUUGCCUGUAACACAGAGGGAACAAAUUAAGGCAAUUCAGUCUGUCUGUGUAGGAUUGGCUUUUUAGACCGUUUACCAGCUAUGUUGCACGACCUUGCACCCGUUCGAGGCAUGCUUGGUUCUUUACUUGCCUUGGUCGCCACGCUUGUACGCCAUACUCUAGGUGGGGCCGGACAAAGGUGCCGUAAACUUUCCCAAAGACGUCUUGGUCAAAGGUUAGGAACGCACUUUUGAUUGCAUGCAGCACUCCCAUGACGUUUCCUGCAGCCUUGUGGCACUGUAGUGUUGGUUUCAGGUUGCUCUGCAUCCAAACCACAAGAUUUUAUUUAAGGAUUCACGGGUAGCCUUAUUUCUUUCAGUUGACAUGUCCUCAGGCUCUCAUUUGGAUGAGAGUUGGUUGGACGCAGAUGAAGGAUGGCACACUCCCCCUCAUUUAAAUGUAGAAGCCAUUUCUUCGACCACGCUUGCAGUCGGUGCAGAUUAUCUUGAGGGGAUAUCUGAUCAUUCGGUCCCUUAAUGACUUGCCAGAGCUUAACGUCGUCGGCAAACAUUAUUUUGCCUCAGUCGAGUUCCUGAAGACUGUCAUUAACAUAAAGGAUGAAGAGCAAUGGUCACAGAACUGAGCCUUGAGGCACACCACUGGUCAGAUUCGCCUAUUCUGACAUAUCAUCUCCGAUACAGACACGUUGUUUCAGACCAACCAGAAACGCCCUAAUCCAGUUCAGAAGAUCUCCCCGGAUGCCUAUGGCGCUCAAUUUAUGAGGAAGGCGUUGGUGCGGAACAGUAUCGAAAGCUUUGCAGAAAUCGAUGUACACGACAUCGACCUCAAAACCCUCUUCUAGAGUCCUGGUCCAGAUCUCCAGAGAAGCUAGCAGAUUUGAGAGGCAGGAACGUCCUCUCCGGAAGUCAUGUUGAAAAUCCUGCAAGAUGUUAUUUUCUUCACAAAAUUGCUGUUUAGCGCUGUUUACUAGAGCUUCCGUCGUUUUGUAUGGCAGGCAAGUCAAGCUAAUAGGCCUGAAGCUGCUUACUGUCAUCCUGCUACCUCCCUUAUAUAAGGGAACGAGGUAAGCUGUCUUCCACUGUGAUGGUAGCAGUCCUGUUCUCAUUGACAGCUCAAAGAGGCUUUGGCAGCUCCGUUGACACCUUCUUAAGUAUCAGCCCGGGAAUUCCAUCAGAUCCAGGAGACUUAUCAGGUUUUAUUUGACUGAAGACGCGUCUUACCUCUUCGGCAGAAAAAUCAACGGUUUUAAUGACGGCAGUAUCUUGGCGCAUUUGAAGCUCCUGGCUGUCUCGGUCCAUUUCAAACCGCUGAUUGUCUUCUGAGGACUCCUCCGUAAAAACCGACUGGAAAAACUGAGACAGUAAUUGCACUUUCUGUGGCCCUUCAACUAAUGAGUUUCCGAGGCUAUCCUUUAGACAGGCAAUUUCGUCCCUAUGUUUCCUCUUACUGCGGAUGUACCCGUAAAACUUCUUGGGACAUGUAAUGGGGUCUGCUAUCAGUCGGCACUCGAAAGAAGUUCUAGCAACCCGUAUUUGCUCGUGGUAUUUAUUGCGCUGAUCCCUAUAUUCGGCGAAUGACUUUGGAUCCCGAAGUUGUAAAUACUAUUUCCACAGUCUCUGUUUCUUCUUCAUGGUCCCUUUUGUCGUCGGAUUGACCCACGGCGGUCGCGCACAUGGUCUUGUUAUUUUUAUUGGACAAUGGGAGUCAAUUAGACGCUCUAAAAUCCCGCGAAAGUACUGCCAGAAUUUCCUUGAAUCUUCCAUGUUGACUAACCAGGUUUCCUUCAAAAAAGUACGUGUCAUUGCGUUAAAGUCCCCCUUCCAAAUAUUUCUGCGCCUCUUGAUUUUUGGUUGUUGGUUCGAUAGGAGAGUGCACACGCAGGUAAAAGCAAUAUGGUCGCUUAAACCGAGUGGAGGUUGUGGAUUCACUUCCCUUAUGGCUUCUUCUUUACUGAAAACGAAAUCUAAACAGUUAGAUCGUUGUCCUUCUCUCGGUCUUUUUCCGAAUUUUAUGUGCUGAAUGAGGUAUUUUAUUCAAGGAGACGUUUAGUAGCUUGUGGUCGAAUGACGUGGGCGGAGCGUUUGUUAAAGGAACGUUCCAGUCUAUUCCUGGAGCGUUAAAGUCACCCAGAAGUAGUAAGUUCUCCUGCUUACAUAACAACUCCAGUGCACUAAGUAAUUCCAUAUUCGUCCAAUUUGUUGAAUAAACUCUGAACAUUUGCUUGCAUCAUUUUUAUAUUAUUCGGUUGUUUAGAUCUCUAGAAAUUGUUUGUUAGUGCUAUCGACUGAGAGUUACUACUGGAUAUUUCACAUGGCGUACCAGGCCCAUUUGAUUUUGAAUUUACUGAUGUUUGUCGGAAACGAGCUCCGGUGCUUAUACCGUCAAUGGCAUUGGAUGAUUCCACAAGAAGGAACACUUUAUUUUACUAUUUUCGGAUUCACUUUGCCCUCUGUCUGACGUUUUUUAGUUCCGCUACCAGCAACCUCAUUUUCAUCCGUUCGAUUGGAUGAUAUUCCGGCCGAAAAACACCCUACGAUGGUUGUUUUGAAGCUUGAACUUUCGCGACAAGAUGAGAUCUGCUUGCUGUUCAUUUCCCAAUACGAAGUUUAGUAGUCUCGGUCGCACUUUCUCUGCAUUAUUUCUAACUAAACGCUCCAAACGGAAAAAAUUUGGAUAUCGUAUACCUCACCGGGUUCUUGGGUGUCAUUCAGUAGGUUUUCUAACGUCAGCAGAUCAUGUUUCACCCUCUCUUGCGGGGUGUCACCAGGUGCUUCAGGAACUCCUUGUACUACCGCAGAACGCGAUCUCUCGGGAAAACAACUGCUGGUUGUAUCCUGCCCUCUUUUGCUGGUGGUUGGUUGAGUCUCAGAUUCUGGUACUGCCUACAUGGCUAUAUCCAGAUCAAUAACUAAGUUACUCGCGUCCGCAUUAUAUGCUGUAACGUCUUUAUUUGGCUGCCUCACAUGAUUUCUUGCAUUAUAGCUGGAUACACAUAUGAAGGGCAAGCUGCUAGCGCUCAUUUGUGGCGUAGGUAAGUUCAUACCAAUUCUUCUCAAGUUUCUUUGGGGUUGUAGACCGUUGAUUUAUUUUGGCGCAGACGGAUUCUGUAUAAUAGAGAUUUUCGAAUUUUAUGGAAAUACGAUCCUAUAGAGAUGUAACCACUGCUUAUCGAUUUUGGCUUAGUCGUGCUAAAUUCGUUGACCGUUAUCGCUCAGCCACCGUUUGUAACUGACAGGCAGGCCCGGCCUUGGUUAUUUAAGUCGUCACCCACGUCGGAUUGCAUUUCUCUGUUGUUUGCUUUCAGGAACUGUGCCGCGAAGGUCAUGUGUGGUCGAGUAAUCCUCAACCCGUCUCCGAUAAUUCGUUUUGUCGUUCAUUUCGUUUUACGAAAACGCGCCUUGUAACAGUUUUUCACUUUUUAUAGUCGAUAAUAAAUUCAUAUCUUUUCAUUAUCUCCCUUAUCUCUAUGAGGUCCCACAUGCCUGUGUCACACAAUCACGUUCGUUUCGAGAUACAAGAACUUCGAGACAGGAUUUUCUAAGCAGCUAGGCCAUCUGAGUUUAAGUAACCGUCAUUCAUGAUCUGACGCCGCUCCCCCGCUCGGCCGCUACACGUCCCCACGGCAUCGCGUCAGUCAAUUUCAGACUUUCAUUUUGUUGGCUUUGGAAAACUGACAUAUUGUAACUUCCCAGCAUAACUGAGAGACAGAAACCCCAUUGUUUUAAUCGUGAUCACUCUUUCGUAGAUCGAUUGUGA